AUGGCGUCAAGUCGUGCUCAACUUUUCGUUGCGAAACUUCCUUGGACAGUCUGUCGUGGUAUGAUUCCUAAUUUUUACUUGUCGUAUAAAAAAGUACUAGCAAUACGUUAUCGGAAAAAUCUCGUGAAGCUGUAAAGGGUCUCAAAGUCAGUUCUUGCGAAACAAGGGGAGGUGAUUGACAGAUUGUCUACCAUCCACGAUAUGCACGUGGCUCAUCAAAAUAUUGGGACUUUCGAUGUUUUCGUCAUCUUUUAUCCCCUUUUUCACUGUCCUCUCUGCUGUCCUUACCCCGCUUCCAUGAGGCUGAAAAGAUCCUGAAUCUUGAAUUUGGACUUAUUAACGUCAAGCUAUUUUACCCGGCCCACCACUUCAGAAAAUUUUCCCCAUGAUAAUUCCACGCAAAAAGAAGGGCUGCUUUCCCUUGCCUCCUCCUUUCCAAACACUCCCCCCUCCAACACCUUGCUAAAUGAUAAUAUUCAUCUUAGUUUAAUUCAUUUACUAAUGAUUAUUAACAGAUACCCUAAGAGAAUACUUUCAAAAGUUUGGCGUGGUUACAUCUUCCAGAGUUGUCUUUGUAAGUAUGUUCGUAGUAGAGCUUGUUGCAAUUAUUUGGGUAUUCCCUAAAGACAAAUGAUAAUUUUAAUAUUAAAUAUUAACCAUCAUGAUAACUUCCCUGCUUUAAAAUGUUAGAAUGAAAAUUCUGAAGUCUUGAUAGUUUAAGUGAACAGGGUGCCCAAAACGGCAAGCAUCUGAUCUGGGAAAUCAAAGGUGUCAAUUUUGUCUCCAGCAAAAUCCGCUGAAUGAAGGGUAAUUUGCAUAUACAUGUAAGUGUAAGUGAAGCGAAAUAGACAACAAAAGCCAGGAUAUUUCAGUUUGAUGGAAAGGAUAGGUAAUUUGCAUGCUGAUGAAAACAACUUCGAGUGCAAUUCAAACCGUUCGACUUCUCGUUUGUUUUUCUGGAAUUCCAUAGUGAAAAAUGCUGUAAACUGAAUUAAGUCACACAACACCCGCAUAACUUGAUGAUCAUUCUGGUAAUCUUUUGUUCUUUUAUUGUCUCCAAAACAAUCAAAAUGUUUCACCAAUUUCCACCUACAAAUAAUGGGAGACAUUUGAUUUACAGAAAAAUUUGCAUUCACCAUUGACACGAAUAAAUAGGCCCAAUUCCGUAGUGUUUUUUACAAAGACUUUGGUAAAAAAUAAAUGUUGGGGUUAGGGCAAACCUGCGAGGAUAUACAUGUACUUGUGUGCUGACUGUUAUUUUGAAAAAAAGAUGCCGGUUAAGGUCUGGAGAACUUUAAAAUGUAACAUUAUUGCUUGACAAAAUAAUAUAAGGGGAACUGAAGGGUGUUCAAUACAAAGCUGAUCAAGAACAUCGCUUUAAAAAGUUCCCCUUUCAUGAAAAAGAUAGCCUGCAUAGAUGGUGGAGGUUUUUUGGGCUGUGUUCUAGGUGCAAAAAUGGCCCAGAAACUAAAACAAAAAAAAAUGGGCAAAAUUUCCAACUAAAGCACAGAAAAGCUCAAAGGUCCAUUUUAUCUGGGAGAUUUGGUGACCCGUCUGUUCAGGAGAGUAAGAGAUCAGUGCCGUAUCCAGGAGAAUUGGCAUAAUAUAUGGCCAUGACUCCUGUGAGUAACUUUUGCCAUAUUUUGUCAACCGUUUUAUAAGCUAUUGUUAACUUUUGCACAUCUUAUAAUGCUGCACACCUGAAUUUUCAAGGUUCAGAAGAAUAAUUGGACUGAUAACCUAACAGUUUUUCUUAGAACACAGCUGUGUCCUUUGAAGCAAGACCAUACACAAAAAAGUAACAGUCCAUCUUCAAUGUUUGAUCAAAAUUAAUUAUAUACUUCAUUGUUAUUAUUUCUGUAAUCAUUGACAGGACUAUAAGUCUGGAAGAUCAAAAAAGUAUGGCUUUGUUGAAUUUGAUUCUCCUGCAUCUGCAGAAAAAGCACUCAAUGAGCCAAGUCACUUCAUUGAUGGAUCAAAGGUAUGAUACAUGUACAUGUUGUUUGGGUAGAAGUAUUAUAUAUAAUUAUAACAAAGUAUUAUAAUUAUAACAACUUUCAAAUGAGAAAUAAGUCAUCUCUCAUUUCUCUUAUAUGGGUAUUAGGCGAAUCCUUGCAGAGGUCAUUAGCAUACAAAGUCAACCCAUAGAAGACUUCACUGCAUUUACAGUUAUUAGGCUCAAAUGUUGAAAGAACUGGUUAAUUCAAGAAGUUGGUGCAAUUUUCAGCUCUUUGCAAUCAAUAACAAAGGAAAUAUGGGCAAUCAAGCACUGCAAGAUUGCUAUGUGGCAAAAUAUUAAUGAACUAUUCUUGGGGGUUUUUGAAAAAGAAUUCCCUGAAAUGAUUUGGUAUAUCAGGCUCAAAUAAUCCGAGAUAACUGAAAUUGUUAUGCUCCUUCAAUAUUCAGAGAUUUUAGCUUCAUUAGUCAAUAAUAAGCAUAAUUUUUUUCAAUGAGGCAGAAUUAACAAGGAUUCUCCAUAGUGUUACUGUACACAGUGUAUAUUGGUCUCUGGCACAUUGUGUUCAUGUGUGUGAAAAUUUACAAAUACAAUGUAGGUCCAUGUUAAUAAGAAGCUGGUUUAAAGUAAUGAUUUCCUUUUUUUCAGGUGUUCAUUCAGUCGAAGGUCAAUGAAAGAGAGAUGAAACGUCAGCCACAGCAACAACGUUCAGAAGAAACUAACCAGGGAGCUGCUGAUUUUUCUGAAGUGUGA